UCUUCUUCGUUGGAUUGCAAAAGGAAUUUAUAUAUUUUCAAAGUAAACAAAAAAAAACAAAAACUAUUAGAAAAGUCUUGUUUAAAUAUCCUGCAAUAAUCAUGGAAACAAUUGAAAUGCUAAAAGCACUUUAUGACUUCCAAGCUGUAUACCCAAAAACAAUCAGCUUUGACGAAGGCGAAUAUUUUAUCCUUUAUCAGACGAGCGUUCGUCAAAGGAAUUGGUGGCAAGUGGUCAGCAUGAAGGGCAACAUUGGAUUUGUCCCAUCUAAUUACGUAAUGACAAUUAAGGUGGAACCGGACUUUUUGAUUGGCUUUUUGAACUCCAGUAUUGAAUCUCUUGAACUGUCUAAAGACACAGAAAUCAAUGGUAUCAUAGCCAAAGAAGAAUUACUCGAUCGACUGAGGGAAAAGAAAACAGCUAUCGAACGCUUUUAUUCCGGUGACAAAGAAGACAGUGAGACAUCAGAAAUUGAACUGAAAAAUGCUUCUUCACCGCCAUCUACUUCAAUUCAAAUGGGCAUGCAAAGUCCACCACAAUCCAAAAAAUUAGAUUGUGGUAAGAAAUCGAUGUCGAGUCCUGCUGUUGGAACAGCAGUACCACCACAAAUGAUACAAGAAAGCCCUAGCAUGGGUGUAAUUAGUCAAAAAACAAGCGAACCUCCACAGCAGCAGGACAAUCGAGACAACAGUAUUACAUCUGAACCAUCUGAAACAACAACGACAACCACAACGACAAGCGAAGAAGUGGUCACCAUUUACAAGGAGUCCUCAUCAAUAGCACAGACAAAUGGUGCUGGAACAGAUGCCAGUGAAAUUACAGAAUGCGUCCCAGUUGACAUUAAACCAGUAGAAGAUGUGGCCAGCGACGAGCAGAGUGAAAAAGAAACUAUUAAUCUAAGUACUCAUAAUCAUCCACAUUUUCAGCAUCAUCACAAUCAUCCACAGCAGACAGAUAGUGAUAAUGAAGAUAGUGCUACAGCUGCAGCUAUUAUUGCUGCUUCAGCGGCUGCCGCAGCUGGUAGCGAUGUUAAGGUCGAUUCGGGAGAUGUUUAUCAAAUUGUCGAAGUUAUUCGAAGAAGUACGAAUUUAAGUUUUGAUUUGUCAUGUGAGGCAUUGCGUGUGGUUCUGACUAGCUUGGAACAAUUGUACAAUGGUGCUAUCAACCCGUACCUGGAAGCAGUUGCUGUUCAUGUUACUGACAAAGUCGAGACACCAAAAGAACUCUUAGGAGAAACACAUGAUUCGAAACGCUUACAAGAUAUUUUUUGCCAAUUGGCCGAUUGUAAGAAUGACUCGGAACAACGCACAUGGAUGUUAUAUGAAGACGAAGAUGAUAUUAUUCAGUUUUUAGAAGAACUUGUUGAUAUUUUGGAAAAUGCUGAUGAAAAUAUUUGUUGUUAUGAAAUGUCUUGCGAUCAAUAUGAAAGCCUCAUCAAUAUGGUGCAGUUCUAUCAAAUGGAAACAAGCUGGCCAAUUAAGAAACUUUUACUUAGAGCAUUUACAGCUGCAUGUCACUUGGAUAAGACUAUUAUUGAUAUUCUACUCACUUCAGUGCUUCCACUUGAAAUUGUCGAGGACAUGAAAACUCACUUCUCCAAUGUACCAAAGUUUAAAGAACUAGUAAAAAUGCUUACAACAAUAUUUUCUCAAGGUGAACGCAUGCCUGUAGCACAUGAUGCUUUUCUCGGAGUUGAUUUUAGUACAUUUCUCCUUGAAAUAGUCGAAGGCAAUCAUCCAGAUAUAUUAAUUGAUUUGGUUAUUUAUCUUCUUCUAUCGUAUAAUUUACAAUUUGAAUUAUAUUAUCAAAAUUAUGUUCUGCAAGCAAUGCAAAAAUUACAAACUGUCAAAGUCUUCACAGAGAAAAUAUUACUUCUUUUAAAUCGAGAAGAGGAUCCACUGAAAUCAUUUAGACAUGCAUUAGUAACUAAUUCAGUAUUGAAGAUGAUUACCGACAUUUUUACAAUUCCCGAAACUGCCAUGUUGGUCUACACAAAUGAUAGAAUAGUUGUGUUUGAUAUUGUUGUAAGGCAGCUAUCAGAUUUAUGUGCUGGUAAUCCUAUGAGAGGAAAAUAUCUUAACUUAUGUCGUUGCAUGGUUAGAAGUACCAACUAUGAAAAGAAUCAAUACCGCAAACAAGAACUUAUGAAAAUAUUUACUCGCAUUUUUUGUGAAGAAACAGAAUGCAGUGCUGAUGAUCAGAAAUUAGUUCGUGCAAUAGCCAAUGAGUUUCCUCAUAUAUUUAAGGCAGUACUCACAACACCAAUUGAAACAUACUACAAUAUACCAAAUUUUUCAUUUAAUUGAAUGCCAUUAAGUAUUCAAAAAUUUCAAUUGUGCCAAAAUAAAACAAAAAAUAUUUAAUCUUAGUAUUAAAACAAAAACAAAAUAAAAAUCAUGUUUUUAAACAAACCAAACAAAAUUCAAUUAACAAUAAUCUAAAAGAGAAAAAAAAAAAUAAUCUAAUCAGAGAAAUUUAUUUAUUUAUUUGUCAUAUAGAAAACAUAGAAAUAUAUUAUAUAUUUUACCAUAGAUCCAAUUGCUUUAAUUUUUCU